GCUUCCACUGCAGAAGUGUGCUGGAGAGCUGGACCAUGCCUGCGCUUGGAGCUCAGAGAUAGGGAUGGAGUCGCGCCCGUGGGGGACCGUCGCCCUGAUCAGCGCCUGCUGCUGGCUGGCCGCGCUGGCGGAGGGGAUUGGUGAUGAUAGCUACCUGAACGAAGUUCAAAAUACAGUCCCUCUCUCCUGUUCAGAAGGUUUUACUGAGUUGGGCUACUACAAUGGCACAGUGUCUCAGACAGAUUCAGGCUCGCCAUGCCUGAAAUGGACAGAGUUUCCUGAUUAUGUGCAGCAGUAUCCUGGCAGAGGCCUGGGAGAACACAAUUACUGCAGAAACCCUGACCGUGAAUCCAACCCCUGGUGCUUUUUCAGACAAAGCUCUGGUGCCAUUGGCUGGGCUUACUGUGACUGCCACCAGGGUGCAGUCAGGCUGGUGGGGGGCUCCACGUCUAAGAGUGGUCGUCUCGAGGUGUACUUGAAUGGCCAGUGGGGAUCUGUGUGUGAUACUCACUGGACUGACCGAGAUGCCAGUGUUGUCUGCAGGCAGCUUGGUCUGGGUGAGAUCGGCACUGCGCUCCAGCACUCCUACUUUGGUCCUGCUUCUGGCCUCUUCCAUUACACGCGCCUUGGCUGCCGUGGCAACGAAAGCUCUCUCCUAGAGUGCCGGAGCAGGAAGUUUGUAACCAAUGACUGUAACCAUGGCAACGAAGCUGGGGUGUUGUGUGCCCCACCUGAAGGCACCGGCCCUCCUCUCAGACUGGUAGGAGGGGAGGAGGACUUUGAAGGAAGGGUGGAGAUCUAUCACAAUGGCCUCUGGGGAACCAUAUGUGACGACCAGUGGGAUGAUAUGGAUGCUGAGGUUGUUUGCAGACAGCUUGGACUCGGGGGCAUCCCAAAGGCCUGGUCAUGGGCUCAUUUUGGACAGGGCAGAGGACCGAUCCAGUUGGAUGCUGUGCAGUGCACGGGGAAUGAGCUCUCUUUGGACGAGUGCCCUCACAGUGGCUGGAAACAACACAACUGUGACCACAUGGAGGAUGCUGGAGUGUCUUGCAACCCUUAUACCGAUGGAGUGGUCAGACUGGUAGAUGGAGACAACCCAUGGGAGGGCCGUCUGGAGGUGUAUCACUCUGGAGACUGGGGCACAGUCUGUGAUGACAACUGGACUGAGGAUCAUGCACAGGUGGUGUGCAGACAGCUGGGCUUCAGGGGAAGUGCAGAGGUGGCUCCUGCUGGGGUGUUUGGUGAGGGAACAGGCCUGAUCCUGAUGGAUGAUGUGCAGUGUGAGGGAACUGAGUCCUCACUGCUGGAGUGCAAACACAGUGUGUGGGGUCGACAUGACUGCUCUCACAGUGAGGAUGUGAGCAUACGGUGUCAUAGAGCAGAGACUAACGACGUUCCACUUGCCCCAGAAAUAACAGGUCCUCUGGUGCGGCUGGCAGGUGGGGAUGGCAGGAAGGAGGGCAGAGUGGAGAUAUUCUUGAAUGGAGUGUGGGGCAGUGUCUGUGAUCACGGAUGGAAUGACGUCAAUGCUGCUGUUGUCUGUAGACAGCUUGGAUUCAGCGGAGUGUCUAAGGCACGGCCAAUGGGCUACUUUGGCUCUGGAAAGGGCCAGAUCCAUUUGGCCAACGUGAGGUGCACAGGCAAAGAGUCUUUCCUGGGAGAAUGUCCUGCUAAAGGGCCAGACAGCCAUGUGUGUAAGCAUGGCCAGGAUGCAGGUGUGGUGUGUGGCUAUGUCCCAGAGCCAGAGGCAGACAUCGCUAUAGUGGGGACCCAUACCUGCGGCAUGAGGGGAGGGGCUGAAAGACGCAGCAAGAGGAUUGUUGGCGGGAACAAGUCUCUCAAGGGAGACUGGCCAUGGCAGGCAUCAUUGUGGCUCAGAUCUCAGUCAAGAGGAUCGCAGCCUUUGUGUGGAGCCACGCUCAUUAACUCCUGCUGGAUUCUCACUGCAGCGCAUUGUUUCAAACGGUUUGGCACUGAUGCAUCCCGUUAUGUAGUGAAGCUGGGUGACUAUCACACAGAUGAGCAGGAUGACUUUGAGCGUGUACUCACUCUGGAUCAUGUGGAGGUGCACAGGAAGUACAGCAGUGAGAGCUGGGAGCAUGAUGUCGCUCUGAUUCGGCUUAAGGGAGCUGAGGGGAAGUGUGUGUCCUUCAACCCUCACACUAAUGCAGCUUGUCUGCCUGCACCUGGUAGCAAAUGGGGCAAGAGACCUGCUUCAUGUGUCAUCACUGGCUGGGGCAUGUCGGACACUAAUCACCCUCAUACACUGCUCCAGGCCUGGGUUCCUCUCCUCCCCUCAUGGCAGUGUAGGAAGCGAUAUGGUGAGCGCUUCACCAGUCAUAGCAUGCUCUGUGCUGGCAGCAUGAUCCCUGACCCACAUCGACAUGCUGACAGUUGUCAAGGGGACAGUGGUGGUCCUCUGGUGUGCCAGAGUGAGUCAGGCCGCUGGGUGCUCACAGGUGUCAUCUCAUGGGGUCAUGGCUGUGGUGACCCUUCCUACCCAGGCGUGUAUGCACGUGUCAGCCGCUAUCUCCCCUGGAUCCAGCAAGUGACACACAGCACGGCUCCUCUCCAACACUGAACUACGGCCUGACAAUGAACACUAGGAUUCUAGACAUGGGAAAGAAGAGCCAGACAGUAUUGAGCACCAUGUAUUGCUCAACACUGCACACUGCAAUAGCCUUGAAUCAU